AUGUCUGAACACGAACAUGGUUCUGGUAUGGGCCAUAGCCAUAACCUAGACCCUUCCUUGUUUGAAAACAGUGCAGCUACAGACGAACCUAUUGGUCUUAUUAUGACACUUCAUAUUGCGUUUAUGGUUACAGGCGUCUAUCUCAAACUUCAUAUAGAAAAAGGUCUUCUGGGUAGAAUUAGACCUUUAUUAACAAAGAUACACAAGAUUCUCGGAGCACUCAUACCUGUCAUUGGUUAUGUGCAGAUCGUUUUAGGUGUCAUCGCCUCUCUUGGUUUCUGUUAUGGAGGUGGACCCUGGUUGCUUCGGAACGGAAAGAGUCAAGAAUGGUAUGAUAGCUGGGUUAUUAUGCUAUGGGGUAUUGUGAAUACAUUUACAGAACAUAGAUGGGGACAGCCAUGGAAUCAUGGCGAUUAUCAACAUACAUCCAUGGGCAUUAUCUGGUGGGCUGCUGGUAUUGUUGGCAUUGUUUUGAGUAGAAAUGGGAAAAGAUCUGUGGUUCCUUCUGUUUUGAUCAUUUUGACAGCAGUUGCAUUCCAGGGCCAUGCACAACAUGUACCCAAUAGUGGCGCCAUUCAUUCUUAUUUUGGUUACAUGCUCAUGGCUGGUGGCCUAAGUAGAAUCAUUGAGAUUUGCUUUGUUUGGAAACAAGGUGAAUUUGACAAAAUUUCUCCCUGGCAAUACCUUCCUCCUCUUACGUUAAUGCUAGCUGGUUUGUUAUUUAUGGGUGCUACUGAACAACAACUUGCUCUUCUUACUAUCAAGGGCAUUGAUAUUAGCUCGUAUUGCAAUGUUUUACUAUCAUUCGGCUUUAUUGUUUUUGUCUUUGCCUUCAGUCUGAUCUAUCUCUGGGAAACACUGACGAAUUAUCCUAAUUCACCUUUACAAAAUAGGGGCUAUACUGAAGUUGAAAACCGAGAAAGUGUCUUGGAUGCAUCUUCUGCCUUUUUGGAUGACGACGAAGAUGAUAGAGAGCAUGAUGCCGUCGAAUUGAAAGACACAAGUAGGGCAGUGCCUAGAACUGCUUUCUUGUAA